AUGGAAGGAAAAGGCCCCUCAUUCAAGGUCAUCAUCGUCGGAGCUUCUGUCACGGGUCUAACCCUCGCUCACUGUCUUCAUCGGGCUGGCAUAGACUAUGUGGUGCUGGAGAAGCAUCAUGAAGUCCAUCCUCCGAUUGGCGCCGCAGUGGCCAUCCUGCCGAAUGGAGGACGGAUUAUGGAGCAGUUGGGGAUCUUUCGGCAUAUUGAAGACCGAUGCCAGCCAUUUCAAAGGGUGCAUCUUUGCUUUCAAGAUGGGUUCUACUAUGAUAGCCUCUCACCUAGUGUCGUCUUGAAAAGAUUUGGCUUGAAGUUCGCCGCUCUGGAACGGACGCAGCUACUCGAAAUCCUGUACACUCAUCUGCCCGACAAGUCCAGGGUUCUCACGAGCAAAGGUGUCGUCCGGAUAACUCCCCACGGCAACAAGAUGUCUGUCACCACUGCGGAUGGGGACGAAUUCCAGGGAGACCUGGUUGUCGGCGCGGACGGCGUGCACAGCGUGACGCGGCGGGAGAUGUGGCGCAUUGCCAACAUAGAGCAGCCGGGGUUGAUCCCAUUCAAAGAACAGGCCAGCAUGUCCGUCGAGUUCAGCUGUAUCUUCGGCAUGUCCAACCCGAUCCCCGGGCGAAAGCACUGGCAGCAUAUAAUUCGGAUCGGACCAGGCUUUACAUUCUUGAUAUUUCCCGCUGCGGGGGACAGCCUCUUCUGGGUGCUGAUUGAGAAGCUACCGCACAAGUAUAUCUACCCUGAUGUUCCGCGGUUCUCGCAAGAGGACGCCGUUACACGCUGUGAGGCAGCCGCCAGUCAGCCUGUCUGGCAGGAAGUACGGUUCCGGGAUAUCUGGGCUCAGCGCCGGGGGUUCCGGAUGGUUGCGCUAGAGGAGAAUCUCUUUCGCACCUGGCAUCAUGGCCGGAUCAUCUGCAUCGGGGAUAGUAUCAGCAAGAUGACCCCCAACAUCGGACAAGGUGCCAAUACUGCCAUUGAAGCAGCAGCUGGACUGGCUAACGUGAUAUACGCCAUCACGCAAAACCACCACCAACCGUCGGAUGAUACCAUUCACCGGGCGCUUGCCAACUUCAGCGAGAGACACCGCAAACGACUGGACGCUAUCCAUCUAGAAUCACGCUGGAUUACGCGACUGGAGGCAUGCCAAGGAUGGGUGGUCACGGCCUUCACGCGAUAUGUGGCGCCGCACUGUGGCGAUCUCUUUGCGUUGGGAGUGGUGCGGAACUCGUACAAUGGUGAAGUACUGCAAUUCUUGCCGUUGACUGAGCGCUCGGGAAAGCACUGGCCGAAGCUAGAAUGGUGGAAUACGUGGGGUCUGUCCAAAUGGCAGGAAUUUGGAGAGAGACUGGUGUAUUGCUUUGGAGUUGUCAUACUUUUGUGGAUCAGUUGGGCGGUCUUCAAUGUUAACCAAUUGUGA